GAUGCUAAUUUUAAGCAUCAAAUUGCUGGUUUCCAACUGACGGGCACACUUUGGCAGGUCCCGGCUGAAUUUCUUCUGAAAUUUUCUAGUCUUUUUAUAUCAUUCAUUUUUGUUCCAUCUUUCAGUCAGAUAAAAGCUCACAUUACAACAAAAAAUUUUUUCCAAAAAAAGUGUAGCAUUUACCCACUUAAAAAUUAUUCUAUCAGGAUAUGCAGAUAGCUUGAAAAAGCAUCUAUAUCAAAACGCCAACAACGCUGAACAUUUCAUUAAUUCUGAAACAACUAUCCAAACACAUCUAAUCUAAAUUGUGAAAGUGGUCCGCUGUUUCUGAAAUCUCCUCCUUCUCUGUGGGCUAGUAACAGGUCAAUAAAGUCAAAGCACCUCAGUUGCUAAGCAACAGCAAUAAACAAGAGAAAUCUUUCUUGGUUUGGUGAAAGAAGACUCAGUAUGCAAACUGUUAUAUGUCUCUUUGAAAGGAUUAGUGAGUAUUGUAUGAGCUAUUUCUGCAACAUUUACAGGGAUCGCUUACAAAACAAAGACCAAGGUUAGUUUGACCACUAAAACAAAAUCUGAUCAAGCUUAACAACAUAGUGAAAAAAGCAUCUAAAGUAUGAAAAAAGGGGGCCGAUCUGAAAGAGAACUCAAGAAACUUGCCAAGAAAGCGAUAAAUAUAACUCAAGAAGGAAAGCGUAGACUCAUAUUCUCCAAAAUGGGCUUAAUCACCGUCCCGAGGUUUCUCAUCAAGAUGCGCGAUCUGAAUGAGUUGGAUCUCAGUCGAAACCAGAUCCAGAAGCUUCCUGAAGCCAUCGGAACCUUCACAUCACUAACAAAGCUCGAUCUGCACAGCAACAAGCUGGAGUCUCUGCCUGAGUCCAUAGGUAGCCUGGUUGGACUUACACACCUCAACCUGGCAAACAACUGCUUAACAACUGCUGGUUUACCAUCUUCACUGGGCUUCCUCUGCAACCUGACGAGUCUCAACCUUGGACUAAAUCAAAUAGAUGCAUUGCCUUCCACCUUGGAGCAGUUAGCGUUUCUCCAAGAAUUAGCCCUGUUUGAUAACUGUUUCACCGAAGUACCUGAGUUUGUACCAACCCUUCAAAACCUUAUUAAGCUGAAUUUGGAAAGAAAUCCAUAUGCCGAGGCCGAAUAUGAGAGGAUAAGACAGGAAAAGCUAGAUCAGGCAGAGGAGCUGUAUCUGGUGCAUGAAAACAACUUGUGCAAGGGAUGCAUCAAAAAAUGUAAAGCAGAGGAAGAAGGAAUGUUAAGAAAUGAAGACAAGGCAGAGAAAAUACCUGAAAAACCUGCAGUGUUAGAGGAGAAAAGGAAUAGAUUUGAAGGGUUGAUGACACCGAACUCAGUGGCUGCAGUCACCCAGGAUGUAUGGAGAAUCAGAGAGAAAGAGUGAACUGAUCAACUAUCUGCCGAUUUCAAUUUUUCAUCGAUAAGAAAUGAUGGAAGAGAGCCCAAAUAAAAACAAUCUGAAAUGUU